AUGGAGCGUGGAGAGGGACAGGACAGCGCGGCGCCGCGCAGCAUCCCUCUGCCCUCAUUGACACCUCCACUCCGCGGCUCCGGACCUGGAAGUCAGCCUCGCAGCCCCACAGGCGGACCCACAUCCCUUCCUUUCCCCUUCCAAGAGACACCCGGCCCCCGGAGGCACUCCUCCAGCGGGUCCCCGCGCCCUGAGGCUGCCGCACCCGGCAGCGCCGAGCAUCCUUGCCGCGGUCCUCUCUGCUCCCCUCUCCUCCGCCGCCCCCUGCGUCACACCUGCUGGCCCUCUUCGCCCUUCUCCCCCAGAAUCGUCAGCCCCCCCCCGCUAGAGCCCGCUCGCGCCUCUUUAACAAAGUCGUGCUUCCCGGUCCCCGCGCGUUCCCACGCGCCAGGUGUGCCCCGCUGCCAUGAGCUCCCCCAUCGGCAAGAGCCGCUCCCUUGCCGCCGUCCUCCAACAGCUGCGCCACCCGGGGCAGCCCCCCAGAGCCGUGACGUCUGCGGCGUGCGCGCCCCCUCGGCCGCGGGAGGUGCCCCUCUGCCCGGUGAUGGAACGCGGCGAGGCGCAGGACGCGGCCGCCCUGCCGGGUCCCACCAACUGGCCGCUGCUGGGCAGCCUGCCGGAGAUUCUCUGGAAAGGGGGGCUCAAGAAACAGCACGACACGCUGGCCGAGUACCACCGGAAAUACGGCAAGAUUUUCCGCAUGAAGUUGGGUUCCUUCGACUCGGUGCACCUGGGCUCGCCGUGCCUGCUGGAAGCGCUGUACCGCACGGAGAGCGCGUACCCCCAACGGCUGGAGAUCAAGCCCUGGAAAGCCUAUCGGGACUACCGCCGGGAGGGCUACGGGCUGCUGAUCUUGGAAGGAGAAGACUGGCAGAGAGUUCGGAGUGCCUUCCAGAAGAAACUAAUGAAACCAGUGGAAAUUAUGAAGCUGGACAACAAAAUCAAUGAGGUCUUGGCUGAUUUUAUGGGUAGAAUAGAUGAGCUCUGUGAUGAGAGAGGCCGCAUUGAAGGCUUAUACAGCGAACUGAACAAAUGGUCAUUUGAAAGCAUCUGCCUUGUGCUCUAUGAGAAGAGAUUUGGACUCCUUCAGAAGAAUGCAGGAGAUGAAGCUUUGAACUUCAUCACGGCCAUCAAAACGGCGGUUGUCUUCGAGACCAGGGGCAUCCAGAAUGAAAAGGCGUUGCGUUCCCCACAGAUGAUGAGCAUGUUUGGGAGGAUGAUGGUGACCCCGGUUGAGCUGCACAAGAGCCUCAAUACCAAGGUCUGGCAGGCCCACACGCGGGCCUGGGACACCAUCUUCCGAUCAGUCAAAUCUUGCAUCGACAGCCGGUUGGAGCACUAUUCUGAGCAGCCCAGCAAGGAUUUCCUUUGUGAUAUUUAUCUCCACAAUCAGCUUUCCAGGAAAGAACUGUAUGCGGCUGUCACAGAGCUCCAACUGGCUGCAGUAGAAACGACGGCAAACAGCUUAAUGUGGAUUCUCUACAAUUUAUCCCGUAAUCCCCAUGUGCAACAAAAGCUUCUUAAAGAAAUUCAGAGUGUAUUGUCUGAGAAUCAGAUGCCACGGGCAGAGGAUUUGAGGAAUAUGCCAUAUUUAAAAGCCUGCCUGAAAGAAUCCAUGAGGCUGACCCCAAGUGUACCAUUUACAACCCGGACUCUUGACAAAGCUACGGUUCUGGGUGAAUAUGCUUUACCCAAAGGAACAGUGUUGAUGCUCAAUACCCAGGUGUUGGGAUCCAAUGAAGAAAAUUUUAAAGAUUCCAGUCAGUUUAGGCCCGAACGGUGGCUUCAGGAGAAGAAAAAGAUUAAUCCUUUUGCACAUCUUCCGUUUGGUGUUGGGAAGAGAAUGUGCAUCGGUCGCCGACUGGCUGAGCUCCAGCUCCACUUGGCUCUGUGCUGGAUCGUCCGCAAAUACGACAUCGUGGCCACGGAUGACAAGCCCGUAGAGAUGCUGCACCUGGGUAUUCUGGUACCCAGCCGGGAGCUCCCCAUAGCUUUCUGCCAGCGGUAAGAGCCUCAGAAUUUUUUUUUUUUUUACCAUGACCAAGAGCGGCGAUUUUUACCCUCUUGCAAGAAUGGUCCUUAUGGCUUCUACGUUACUGGAAAGCAAACUGCAAAAGCUAGAGCCUGCAACAGCGCACAAAGGACAGUUGGAUAUAGAUGCUUAUACUCAUUCUUCGAUACAAUUGUUCCGGAAGCUGCACUAUGUAGACGAUGGCAUUUAAUAAGAUUGUAUCUGGCUCCAGAGAGCAGACUGAGUGUUGGGAGACAAGGCGCUACAGGGUAUGCUGCUGGCUUACCCCGAACCCGUGUCCGCACCGGCUUGGCUUAGAGAAUUGUUCAGGAUCCUGUUUUCUUUUGCAUCUCACCGUGACGUGACAGGGAGGCUGGGCUUUUAUUUGUCAGUUAGUCUGCAGACGUCACGACAUGUUUCUGUCCCCACUCUUCCAAAUUCACACCGCUUGGAUCUUUACUUCUCGAGAGAGAGUUUACGUUUCAUGAUGUUAAGCUAAAUUGUCUGGGGCUUGGGGUUAAUAAUGACAGUCCAUUUAUUGUAACUCUGCUUAACGUGACAUUGGGGAAAACUUGUUUAUCAUGUCAGCAAAACUAAAUGUUAAAGUUACCGGGUCUCCGUGAAACUGCAUUUUUCCUGUUUUGAAAUUGCAGCAUUCUUGGGAAAUUAGAGAAGAACUCUAUUUUAAGAAGUAUUUUGAUGAAGUCAGAACCUCUUAUCUAAGAAUGCCUUACUGACGUACUGUGGCAUCAUUUUGUGAGAGGAUUCUGAAAUUCUUUGUUUAGGUAAUGGAUUUCCUCUAUGGCAUUAAGAAGUGACUCAGCAGUUUUUUAAAGUGUGUGUAUGUGUGUGUACUGUAAUGGAAAUUUGCUUACGUCAUUUUUAAAAAUAUAUAUGGUAUUUGAUUUAGGAUCUGUGGUUUAGAGCAGUGUUUCCCAAAGUCCAGCCACAGUUUAAAAAUAUUCAGUGACUUAUCAUGCCUUAAUUUUCCCCUCUAUAGAAUGGAACAGUAGUAAAAUGUGUAUAUCUUAUAGAUUUACUGUAUCGGCCAUGUUAUGUGAUUUCAACUCCCUGAGAAAAUACAGUUUCAUAAUGGAAAAUGCAUAGAGAUUUAUACAAUACUUACAAAACUUUGUGAAAAAACAUGUGUACGUAUGGUUUAUUUUUAUAUAUAUUUACUACUACGUUUCCUAAAAACAUACUAUAUGUUUCUGUAUAUUUGAUAGGUUUCUCUUUUUAGGUUAUAUUUUUAGGAUAUUUCAGAAGCGUACCUUUAUAUCGUUCCAUUUGAAUGAUUAUGUACAUAUCACUAAAAUAGAUGUAUGCUUUCUCCCUACUGUGAAAUUAUUUUGUAGAAUUCUAAAUCCACAUGUCAUCAGAUCUCAUCUGUAGAUCUUCACUGAACUCCCUGAAAAUCAGAAUAAAAGUUUCCAAAUAUUCCAAAAAUGUU